UUCUUUCCUUCUGUAGUCUAGAGCCCCGCCCCGGUCACCGGGACAAUCUGUGUGACGUCACAAAAACCGACGCGCGGCGCGGGCGGCACUUGGCGGACGGUCCCUGGCUCGGAGGUGGCGGCCCUGCGACGGCGGAAGAGGCUGCCAAGGGCUGCCGCGAUGCCUCGCCCCCGGCGGGUCAGUCAGCUCCUGGAUCUAUGCCUUUGGUGCUUCAUGAAGAAUAUUUCCAGAUACAUCACAGACAUUAAGCCUUUGCCUCCCAACAUAAAAGAUAGACUGAUUAAAAUAAUGAGCAUGCAGGGACGGAUAACAGAUUCAAAUAUAAGUGAGAUUUUACAUCCUGAAGUCCAAAUUCUAGACCUACGCAGCUGUGAUAUUUCAGACACUGCUCUCCUGCACCUGUGUAAUUGCAGAAAACUAAAAAAAUUGAAUUUAAAUUCCUCAAAAGGAAACAGACUUUCCAUAACUUCAGAAGGAAUAAAAGCUGUGGCCUCAUCUUGUUCCUAUCUGCAUGAAGCAUCUUUGAAAAGAUGCUGCAGUCUCACUGAUGAAGGAGUCCUUGCUCUUGCACUUAAUUGCCGCCUCCUAAAGAUCAUUGAUUUAGGUGGCUGCUUAAAUAUUACUGACGUGUCCUUACACGCAUUAGGAAAAAAUUGCCCAUUACUGCAGUGUGUUGACUUUUCGGCUACGCAGGUAUCGGACAGUGGUGUGGUUGCGCUUGUUAGUGGACCUUGUGCCAAGAAAUUAGAGGAGAUUCAUAUGGGACAUUGUGUAAAUCUGACUGAUGGGGCUGUAGAAGCUGUCCUUACUUAUUGUCCUCAGAUACGUAUAUUACUCUUCCAUGGAUGCCCCCUGAUAACAGAUCAUUCACGAGAAGUCUUGGAGCAAUUAGUGGGCCCAAACAAACUAAAGCAGGUGACAUGGACCGUUUAUUGAUGCUUAUUGAAGAUUAUCAAAGCUAUGAAAGCUUAUCAAAACUACCUUCCCAGAAAAUGGUCGAUACUUAAUCUCCACUUAAUUUAACAUUACUUUAUUAUUUAUUGUCUUAUUUAAGCUAGAUCUAUCUCUCAGAGCGUCAGCUAAAUUUCAGUAUAUAUGUGUGUUUUAUGCUUUGUAGUUAACCAGACUCUUAAGUAUUUUAAUAGUGCUAUUAUUCUGUAUCUGUUGGAUGAGUCAUUAUUUUGCAAUGGUAAUCCUAGCACAGACUCUGAUCCUUUCUGGGGGAAGGGGGAUGUUGGGUUUUAUUUGUUAAAUAACAAAGUUUUAAAUUGUAUAUUUUCCCUUGAGAUUUCCUUCUCCUACAUAGGUAUUCAAGCUGUUAUAAGAGAAAAUUAGAUAUUUAUAAACCUUAGGAGAAUUCCAAAUUAAAGGUAUUUCUAAAAUCAAAAUUACCUUCCUGUUUUCUGGCCCUUACCUUCCUGAAAUAUUUAAGCGCCUGUCUGCCAAAAGCAAAGCUGAGCAUCAGGCCUUAUAAUUCUAAUUUAGACACACAGUGAUUUGUUAGCUGCAUAGAAUAUUAAUAUUACUGAGGCCCUUGCUCCACCACUUAUUUUACUGAUCUGUCUAGCUACUAUUCCCAAACACAUCUUAUCUAUCCGUAAGCAUUUUUUCCUUAGCAAAAUUGCAUUCCAAAGUUUGUAAAAAAUGAGUAAGGGCAGAAUAUCAUUACAAAGAUUAUAUCCUGAAGCUCUACUGAUUUCACCUUGUGAAAUAAACAGCAAAAGUCUUAGCUUUCAAAUGAAAACUCUUUGGUAAUUACAAAAUUAUCUGACAUGUCCGUACUUAAACUACCCCCCAAAUUUAGCAUAUUCCUUAUGCCAUGAACUUGUCUUAUUGGGACUUUCUUAAAAAUGUCUUAUUUUGCUUCUGAUGUAGUGAAAAACAGGGAAAGUAUGGUUUCUUGUAUGUGUUUAGGGGGAAAGGGAGUACGUAUUAAACUCCAUUUCUUAUCCUUACUGUGGUAUGUUUUAAGUGUGGAGAUAUAUAUAUAGAGUCACUGCAAAGGGGAUAAACAUGUAUAUAUGUGUAAAAUGGGUAAGGUCUGGUCUAUCUAUGAAAUUUUUCUGAAGACAAAUUUAAUAUUGAAUAUCUAACCAUGCCAAUAGCAUUUUUCCCUUUUUGCAGAAACUAGUCUCAAGAUCUAAUGUGUGAGUUUCUUAGAGUCUAUAAAGAAUUUGUCUUUCCAAAGCA